CAUUUGUGUUUGCAGCUCUUCCCAGCUGCAAUGCAAACCGUUUCGAAGAAGAUUGUCCAGUCUCGCACCAACAGCACGCUGGUUGGAGUUUUCUCCAUCAUCCUCGUCUUCAUCUCUGCCUUUGUUAAUAUGUUCGCCUGCGACACCCAGAGCUUGACAGAAUGCGUCGCCGAGAAGCUGAACACGUCUGCAGGCCUGGUGACGCCGUGUCUGAUCCACAGCUUGAAUGUGUCCAUCGAAGGAGGUUUGGAGAUCUGCCCCAGCCAAGGCCCCUCCUGCCCCUUUCCCGAGUAUUUCAGCUACAGUGUGCUGCUGACGCUGCUGGCCUGCUCAGUGUUCCUGCAAAUCAGCAGCAUAGGGAAGCUGGCCCUCAUGCUGCUCAUCCAGCUCACCUUCCUGCUGCUCGUGGAGUGGCCACAAGUAGCACUAUUUGACAACGCAGACCUCUUUGUCACCUCCAAUGCCAUUGCUUUAAAUGAAACCAGUUGGUCCAGUUUCAAUGAAACUACAGUUGAGUGCCCAUACUCUGUGACCAAAGUGUCCCUGCGGGUCAUGACCCCUGUGAUCCUCACCGUCUUCGUCCUGGCGCUGUACCUGCACGCACAGCAGGUUGAAUCCACGGCUCGCCUCGACUUCCUCUGGAAACUACAGGCCACCGAGGAGAAGGAAGAGAUGGAGGAGCUGCAGGCCUAUAACCGUCGCCUCCUUCACAACAUCCUGCCGAAGGACGUGGCUGCUCACUUCUUGGCUCGAGAGCGGCGCAACGAUGAGCUGUACUACCAGUCCUGUGAGUGCGUAGCCGUCAUGUUCGCAUCCAUCAGCAAUUUCUCUGAGUUCUACGUGGAGCUGGAGGCCAACAACGAGGGGGUGGAGUGUCUCCGGCUGCUCAACGAGAUCAUCGCCGACUUCGAUGAGAUCAUCAGUGAAGAGAAGUACAGGCAGCUGGAGAAGAUCAAAACCAUUGGUUCCACCUACAUGGCGGCCUCCGGUCUUAACGACUCUACUUACGACAAAGAGGGUCGUUCUCAUAUUACUGCGCUAGCAGACUAUGCUAUGAGACUGAGAGAGCAGAUGAAGUAUAUCAACGAGCAUUCCUUCAACAACUUCCAGAUGAAGAUAGGUCUGAACAUUGGGCCAGUGGUAGCAGGAGUCAUUGGCGCCCGGAAGCCCCAGUAUGAUAUUUGGGGAAACACAGUAAACGUGGCCAGUCGCAUGGACAGCACAGGUGUACCUGACCGCAUUCAGGUGACCACGGACCUCUACCAGGUGCUUGAUAGCAAAGGAUACGUGCUGGAGUGCCGCGGAGUCGUUAAGGUCAAAGGUAAAGGGGAAAUGACGACCUACUUCCUAAACGACGGGCCGCCCAACAGCUAGCAGCCGUGGCAGCAGCGGACGCUGGGUCGGUACCCACUGCAAGGACACGGCACCACUGAGCGAGCACUCACAGCGCGAGCGAAACAGCUGAGAACUACAAUCGCCAUCACUUGAAUCCCAAGCAAAGAGGAAAACGCGAACUUUUGGGACUCCGGAGAAGGGAAAGCGUUCUCGACGGGAGGAGAAAGCUCUUGUUUUGACAGCCAUCUCGGCCGCGUACAUGUUGGAGGACAACGUGUUUUUCUCAUGUCUAGCCUCUCUCUCAGGCUUCUUGAAAGAUGCAAAGUCUGUUUAUUUAAAACAACGCCUUUUAGCCUGUGUGAAAAGAAAAUUAUCGCUGUACAUAAGGCUACUUUUUAUUUUAUUUGUUGUUCUUUUGUUCGGUAAGUUUUAUUUUAUUUUUUAUUUUUUUGUUUGUUUGUUUGACACAAUUUAUGAACAGGUACUUUUGUUCCCGCUUUAAUUAUUUAUUUCAGUCUUGAUGUUUUGUGCUAAAGGUCCUUUAUAAAAAAAAGUGUGAACACAUACGUGCACAAAUAUCCAGUUUAUUACACGUUUAUAAGUGUGUAUGUACAUGCAUAUUUGUGUGUGUAUGACUAUAUGUAUAAACUGAGGAGGAAUAUAUUGACCAAAGACUAAAGUAUUUAC